UCAAUGAAAGAAUCGAUGAACCAACACAAAUUUCAGUUUUUUAAUAACACCUGUCUGAUCAAUUUUCUCUGCACUAUAGUCUUUUUCGUAUAUCCGAGUGAAUUAUUCAGCAACCUGGUAAUCACAAGGUUGUUUUUCAAUGGCAAAGAAAGUGAAUAUAAGGAUAGGAGAACCAAGUCUUGUUGUUCCUGCAGAGGAAACAAAGAAAGGACUGUACUUUCUUUCAAACCUUGAUCAAAACAUAGCAUAUCCAGUUCGCACAAUUUACUGUUAUAAAUCAUCUUCAAAAGGCAAUGAGAAUGCUGCACAAGUAAUGAAGGAUUCAUUGUCAAAGAUUCUUGUUCAUUACUAUCCUAUGGCUGGAAGGUUAAAAAUAAGUUCAGAAGGAAAGUUGAUAGUAGAUUGCACAGAGGAAGGUGUUGUGUUUGUUGAAGGUGAAGCUAACUGUAUGAUGGAAGAUUUGGGUGAUAUGACAAAGCCUAACCUUGAAAUUCUUGGAAAACUAGUUUAUGAUAUGCCUUCUGCUAAGAAUAUGCUUGAGAUACCUCCUCUUCUCAUUCAGGUAACAAAGUUCAAAUGUGGAGGAUUUGUUUUGGGAGUAAACGUGAACCAUUGUAUGAAUGAUGGAAUAAGUGCUAUGCAAUUUGUGAACUCUUGGGGUGAAACUGCAAGAGGACUAGACAUAAAAACUCCACCAUUUCUAGAUAGAACCAUACUCAAACCACGCAAUCCUCCACAAAUAGAGUUUCCACACAAUGAAUUUGCUGAAAUUGAAGAUUUAUCAUCAGAUACAAACAAGCUAAUUCAUGUGGAAGAAGAAGAGAUAUUGUACAAGUCUUUUUACUUCAAUGAAAACAAGCUUGAAUUUCUGAAGAAAAAGGCCACAGAAGAUGGUGUUCUGAAAAAGUGUUCAACUUUUGAAGCACUCUCAGGUUUUAUAUGGAGAGCUAGAACAAAAGCUUCAAAAUUGCAUCCCAAUCAAGAAGUGAAGCUACUUUUUGCUGUUGAUGGAAGGUCAAAAUUUGUGCCAGAAAUACCAAAAGGGUAUUUUGGUAAUGCAAUUGUGUUGUCAAAUGCUAUGUGUAAAGCAAGUGAGUUGUUGAAGAAUCCAUUAUCAUUCAGUGUUGGAUUGAUUGAGAGAGCAAUUGAGAUGGUAACAGAUGAAUACGUGAGAUCUGCCAUUGAUUAUUUUGAAGUACAAAGAAGCAAGCCUUCUUUAACAGCAACACUUUUGAUAACAACAUGGACUAGGUUGUCUUUUCAUGAAGCUGAUUUUGGUUGGGGGAAGCCUAAGUGUUUUUGUCCGGUUACUUUGCCGGAAAAGGAAGUUGUUUUGUUUUUACCACACGGUGAAAAUAAUAAAAGUGUAAAUGUGCUACUUGGUUUGCCUGCUUCAGUUAUGAAAAGGUUUGAAAUGCUUUUGGAGAUAUGAAUGGAGUAGUUAGUUGUUAGAUGAGGGAACACAAUACAUCUAAUCAUGUUAUUAAGAUUUAAAGAUAUGUAUAAUAAAAAUGUUUAUUUCGUUUCAUCAA